AAACUCGCGGCCGCGCCGCCCCUCCCGCCCCGCAGCUCCACGCGGGUCGGACUUCCGAGGGGUAGCCGGUCAGCAAGGCCAGCCUUUGGGUGACCAGAAGGUGGGAAAUGGCGGAUUCCUCAGAGCGCGGAGUAGGAAAGCUUGCCUCUGCUGGGUCUGGCGCUGUUGGUGGAGCCAGAAAGAAAGAAAGAAGCACACGAGGUGGAAGAGUGGUUGAGUCCCGUUAUAUGGACUAUGAGAAGAAAAGGAGCAAAAAGCAGUCUCCUGAAGUGGAUGCACCAAAAUCUGCUGAGAAAAUAUCUGAUGAAGGUGGAAAGAAACCCAGCCUGUACCAGGAAAGCAAAGCAGAAAGCAGGGGGAUCAGAAAACCUCAUGUCACAGGAGAUCACCUACAGUCCACAUUCCUGGAAGGGCAUGACAUGGCCCCACCUGACCUGGAUCUCUCUGUUAUUAAGGAUGAAAGAAUGGUGGGACAAUUAGAAAGGAAAACCAAGUCAAGAAAACCUGCUCAUAUGGAAAAAUGUCCAGAUUUGUACAAACAAAUGGAAAUGAUGGAGUCACAAACGCUACUGUUUAUACUGCUGUCAGAAAAGAUGGAGAAGGGUCUUGCUCAGUUUGAACAAGAGGCAGAAAAGAAAUUAUUAGUGUUGGACAAAGAAAAGGAGAAGUGGCAGAAGAAGGCCCAUGACCUGAAGCGCCGACUUCUCCUUUGUCAGAAGAAGCGGGAGCUGGAAGAUGUCCUUGAUACCCAGAUUACGAUGCUCAGCCCCUUCGAGGAAGUGGCCACACGCUUUAAGGAACAAUACAAGACAUUUGCCACGGCCCUAGAUUCCACCCGGCACGAGCUCCCUGUGAGAUUAGUCCACAUGGGAAGAGACAAGCAGCAAUAUUUAGAUACCCUUCAGGCUGAAUUGAUGACCACUCAACAACUCCUGAGGGACCUUGCCAUUGGAAAAUCAGAAGAAAAUGUGCAGGCACUGGACCUCCUGAGUGAACUCCAGGACCUCACUGUGGAAAAAGACCUUGAGCUCAGAAGGUACAACACCACAGAGGAAAAAUUACUUAUACCCAUCAACACUGAUGAGAACAGAACCAUGUGAACAUCUUCUUGAUCAGUGGAAAAGGAAACAGCCUGAACUGUUAAUGAUGCUGAAGUGUUCAGGAAACUACAAAGAAGAGA